GGAAGUCAAAGAAGCUCAGAACAACAGAAAAAGUGAAGAGCGUCAUUGUCGUGAGCGAAGCGAAGCGCGGAUCCUAAGGUUAUAUUAUAAAUUCGACAACAUUAAUAAUUCCCAAAGAUGGAUAAAAGUAAAGAAAAGGAAGAACAAAGUAUUAUGGAUAAAUCCAUGAGAUCUGUCUUCGUCGGUAAUAUACCUUACGAGGCGACCGAAGAAAAACUAAAAGAUAUUUUCAGUGAAGUAGGUCCUGUACUUUCAUUUAAAUUGGUAUUCGACCGUGAGACGGGCAAACCAAAAGGUUAUGGAUUCUGCGAAUAUAAAGACCAAGAGACAGCACUUAGUGCUAUGCGAAAUCUUAAUGGUUAUGAAAUUGGUGGGCGCUCUCUCAGAGUGGACAAUGCUUGUACCGAGAAGUCAAGAAUGGAGAUGCAAGCUUUAAUGCAAGGUCCUCAGAUAGAAAAUCCAUAUGGAGAGCCAGUGGAGCCUGAAAAAGCCCCAGAAGCUAUAAGCAAGGCUGUGGCUACAUUGCCCCCGGAACAAAUGUUUGAACUGAUGAAACAAAUGAAAUUGUGUAUUCAGAAUAAUCCAACCGAAGCUAGGAACAUGCUACUCCAAAAUCCUCAGCUUGCGUACGCACUGCUCCAGGCCCAGGUGAUCAUGAGGAUUGUGGGUCCUGCUACUGCUGUUAGCAUGCUGCACCCGUCCAACCCGGUGCCGCCGGUGCUGCAGCCGGGAGACAAGCCGCCGCCCAUGCCUUACAACCCCCCACCACCAGUUCAACAACCGCCGCCAUUGCUAAGCAAUCCUGUGCCUCCUCCACCAAGUCAAUAUAAUCCUGGUCGGUCGAUGGACACGGACCUGCGGAGCUCGCGCGCGACCGCGCCGGCGCCGGCGGCGCUGCUGGACCAGGACAUGCGCAGUCUGCCGCCGCCCGGCCCCGGACACCCAUCCAGGCCCGCGCCGCCCGACGCUCCUGUCCUUUCUACGGAUGUCCCUGACAUUGGUUUCCCCCGUGACCCCCGACUGGCCAGCGGCGCCCCGCCGCCCUUCAGCGCGGACCCGCGUGUGCGCCCCGACCCCAGGACCCUGCCCAAGAUGACGCCGCAACAAAUGCCGCCAGGAAUGCCCAGCAUGGCGCAGGCGAGGACGAUCCAAGGCAUACCGUCUGGUGCUUCUGAUCAGGAAAAGGCGGCGCUGAUAAUGCAGGUGCUGCAGCUGUCGGACGAGCAGAUCUCGCUGCUGCCGCCCGAGCAGCGCUCCAGCAUCCUCAUGCUCAAGGAGCAGAUCGCCAAGAGCACGCAGCAGCGCUAGUCUCCUUACUUGUACACUGGCACAGUGCGACGCAUGUCACCAGUCACGGUGCGCCAUUGUGACGCAACGACAACCACACUGCAAUGUGAUUGGUUCGCUGCGUUUCACUUCGAAUCGAAUCGAUAGUGAGAUGUGAAAUGCAAACCCAUACUUCACAUCAAAACAGUUUCCUGUGUCACAAAUUUCACGUGUAAACGUAAAGUUUUACAACGUGAAAUUAUUGACCAACGAAACUAUUUUGUUGUUAACUGUAAGGCUUGAUUUUCAUUAAACGACACUAGCGGCAGAAUUAGCGUCUGGAAACUAUUUUCGAGCCAUUAGUGUCGUUAUAAAACUUAGAUUUUAUUUAUCAGUCACUCUGCUUACAGAACAUUGAGGGAGAUUAAGAAUGAUUUAUUGCAAAACGAAUCAAAUGAAAGAGAUACCUCGCAAUAUAUGUACAUUGCAUCAGAAAGUUCUAAACAGUUGCAUAAGGUUUUUGUUACACUACUAGCAGAUAAAUUUAUGUUAUGUAAAAUGUUUGAGUUUGAUAAAUACAAUAAAUAAACAGUGACCUAUUUACCUAUCGCCUAUCGUGGGGUAUGUUUGCAUAAGGUGACAUCUAUCCAAACCUCUCUCGGUGUUGCUAAAAAACGUGACAAUAUAUUGCGUUAAGAAAAAUUAAUUGUAAUGCUAUAUUUGGAAAUAAAUAUGUCCAUAAAUA